GCCAAUCGCAAGCCGACCGUUUCAGUUGCACCUUCUGCACGCGACGCGAGCCGAGUGCAGGUUUGUGAGAAAGUAAACAUCGAUAGCGAAAAGCAAAAACUUUGUUCGAAGGUUCCACCGACACUGCGACAUAGAAAUCUAAUCCGCCAAUCAGGAGACGACUUCUCGUCAAUGGUGGUGAAAAAGGCGGGCUCCGAUCAGCUGCGACAGCUUACAACGUGCCAAUAUGCAACAGGCGGACGCACGAUGAUGACACGUUUGUUUGCUGCUUCGAACGGUUUUUCGAUGUUAUUACUCGACUGUUAACACUUACCCAGUAUAUACUUCGAAAACACGUCGUCUACUACUUGUUCGCUGCGUGUCGUCGAAAUGGAAACUUUGCAAAACACCGGAGCCGUCCGUCCUCCUAAGGCAAUCAACAAGAGAAAUCCGAAUCAAGAGACCAGUGCUUCAGGGGAAAAUGCACUGGGAAGGUUGCUCGAGAUCAAAGAAGACAUCAGAAUCGACUCCGUGUACGGAUUCCGUCGAGUCACCGACUCGAAAGAGAGGAUAGGAUUUUUACUCAACAUGCACGCGACGGAGAUCGUGGAGGAUGACAAGCGUCUACUGAGUGGUGUGGAUUAUUACUUUAUUGAGGAAGACGCCACCAGGUUCAAAGUGUCAUUGCCGUUUUCACCGUACUUUUAUAUUUUAUGUCGCAAGGAUACGUUUGAGGAAGUGUCGACGUUUUUGUCUAAGAAGUACAUGGGAAUUUUGACAAAAAUCGAGACUGUUUACAAGGAGGAUCUCGAUUUGCCUAAUCACUUGAUUGGUUUAAAACAAAAAUAUCUAAAGCUUUUCUUUGCAAAUAUUGUUGAUUUAACAAAAGUUAAGCGUGAUAUUAUGCGCGUUGUUAAAGUUAAUAAAGAGCGAGAGAAAAGCAAUACUUACUAUACAAACAUGCUAGCAACUACUUUGCAGUCAAACGAACAGGAUGGUGGUAGACAAACUUUAGGUCAUAUGGACAAUAUUCUUGAUAUUAGGGAAUAUGACGUACCUCAUCAUGUGCGAGUAUCUAUAGAUGCUAACAUCUUCUGUGGAAUUUGGUACUCUGUAAAGACCAGAGGAAAUGAUCCACCUAUAAUCACGCGAAAGGAAGACAUGAUUGAACCACCUGAACCUAUUGUAUUAGCAUACGAUAUUGAAACUACAAAACUGCCAUUAAAGUUUCCAGAUGCCAAUAUCGAUCAGAUUAUGAUGAUAUCAUAUAUGAUAGAUGGGCAGGGAUAUUUAAUAACAAAUAGAGAAUUAAUCUCUGCGGACAUACAAAAUUUUGAAUAUACACCAAAACCGGAAUUUGAAGGCCCUUUUACAAUAUUCAAUGAGCCUAAUGAGAAAGCAACUAUAGCAAGAUUUUUCGAUCAUAUUAAUGAAAUAAGGCCACAUAUAUUUGUAACAUAUAACGGUGAUUUCUUCGAUUGGCCGUUUGUCGAAGCUCGAGCGGCUAUACAUAACAUGGAUAUGAAAGAGAAAAUUGGUUUCGCUAAAAAUCGCGAAGGUGUUUAUGUCAGUAGAGCUGCUAUGCACAUGGAUUGUCUAUGUUGGGUAAGACGUGACUCUUAUCUCCCAGUGGGUUCUCAAAACUUAAAAGCUGUCGCUAAAGCUAAGUUAAGAUAUGAUCCAGUGGAACUUGAUCCAGAAGAGAUGUGCAGAUUAGCAUCGGAAGAACCUGAAGUACUCGCAAACUACUCUGUCUCUGAUGCUGUGGCAACAUUUUAUCUGUAUCAGAAAUAUAUUCAUCCCUUCAUAUUUGCUUUGUGCACUAUUAUUCCUAUGGAACCUGAUGAAGUUCUUAGAAAAGGAUCUGGUACACUGUGUGAAUCACUUCUUAUGGUACAAGCUUUUCAAGCUAAUAUUAUAUUUCCUAACAAACAAGAAACUGAACUAAAUAAACUGACGAAAGAUGGUCACUUAUUGGACCAAGAGACCUAUGUAGGUGGACACGUGGAAGCUCUGGAAUCUGGUGUUUUUAGAGCCGACAUUCCAUGCCGUUUCAAAAUUGUGCCGAGCGCUGUAGAUGAAUUAAUCAAGGGUGUAGAAAAUGCCUUGAAACAUACGAUACAAGAAGAGGAAAAAGUACCGAUCGAUAUGGUUACGAAUUUUAAUGAAAUAGUAGACGAAGUUAAAGAAAAAUUAAAGGAACUUAAAAAUCAACCUUUGAGAUUAGAAAAUCCUGUAAUUUAUCACUUGGAUGUAGGCGCUAUGUAUCCCAAUAUAAUUUUGACUAAUAGACUACAACCUUCCGCAAUUGUAAAUGAAAUGGACUGCGCGGUGUGCGAUUAUAAUAAACCUGACGCUCUUUGCCAAAGAAAAAUGAAAUGGAUGUGGAGAGGCGAAUAUUUGGCUGCAAGUUUGGGUGAAUUUCAAAGAGUAAAGCAACAAUUGGAAACUGAAAAAUUUCCACCGCAAUUUCCUGGUGGUGCUAAGAGAGCUUUUCAUGAAUUAACUACAAAGGAACAAGCUACGUAUCAAAAGAACAGGCUUACCGAGUAUUGUAAAAAAGCUUAUAAGAAAGUUAAAAUUACCAGAAUGGAAGAGCGAACACAAACAAUCUGUCAAAAGGAGAAUUCAUUUUAUGUUGACACUGUGAGAGCAUUCAGAGAUAGAAGAUAUGAGUAUAAAGGGUUAACCAAAGUUGCUAAGCGGCAAGUAGCAACGGCAAUCGCGAAAGGAGAUGCGGCUGACAUAAAAUCUGCCAAGAAUAGAGAAGUUUUGUAUGAUUCUCUUCAGCUUGCUCACAAAUGUAUUCUUAAUUCUUUCUAUGGCUAUGUUAUGAGAAAAGGAGCACGAUGGCAUAGCAUGGAAAUGGGUGGCAUUGUAUGUUACACAGGAGCUCAUAUUAUUAUGAAAGCUAGAGAAAUCAUAGAACAGAUUGGUCGCCCAUUAGAACUGGAUACCGAUGGCAUAUGGUGCAUAUUACCUGCGUCUUUUCCAGACUCUAUUGUAGUUCACACUACUCAUGAAAAGAAGUCAAAAUUUACAAUUUCGUACCCGAAUGCAGUUCUCAAUUUCAUGGUGAAGGAUCAAUUUACUAAUAAAGUAUAUCAUGAUCUCGUGGAUAAGGAUAAUUUAACAUACGAAAUCAGAAGUGAAAAUUCGAUAUUUUUUGAAGUUGAUGGGCCGUAUCUAGCAAUGGUGUUACCCGCUGCUAAAGAAGAAGGAAAGAAAUUAAAGAAACGAUAUGCAGUUUUUAAUUUUGACGGUUCGUUAGCCGAACUAAAAGGAUUUGAAGUAAAAAGGAGGGGUGAAUUGCAACUCAUAAAAAUUUUUCAAGCUUCUGUUUUUGAAUCCUUCUUAAAAGGAAAUACGUUAGAAGAAUGUUACGCUUCGGUCGCGAAGGACGCAGAUUAUUGGCUGGAUUUGCUAUACAGUAAGUGUGCGAAUAUGCCUGAUUCCGAAUUGUUCGAACUUAUAUCCGAGAAUAAAUCUAUGUCGCGUAAGCUAGAAGAAUAUGGUGCACAGAAAUCCACAUCGAUUUCUACGGCUAAAAGAUUAGCCGAAUUCUUAGGCGACGAAAUGGUUAAAGACGCAGGUUUAGCUUGUAGAUACAUUAUAGCGAAUAAACCACAAAGCGCGCCAGUUACCGAGCGUGCAAUACCAUUGGCUAUCUUUCAGUCGGAACCGGCUGUGCGAAAACAUUACUUGAAAAAGUGGUUAAAGGAUCCUACAUUGUACAGCGAUGAUAUAAGGGACAUUUUGGACUGGAAUUAUUACAUUGAACGGCUCGGGAGCGCUAUUCAAAAAAUAAUCACUAUACCAGCGGCGAUGCAAGGCUUAUCUAAUCCAGUUCCACGGGUGCAACAUCCACCUUGGCUGCAUAAGAAAGUGAUGGAGAAGAGUACAUCCCAUCGCCAGAAGAAAAUUACAGAUACAUUUUCGGUAGUAGUUAAAGAUACUUCGCAUGCAAGCAAUGCCGAAGAAGCUCGUGAUAUUGAAGAUCUCGCAGGACCGUCUACUAGCUUCAAGACUCCAAUUUCGGUUAUUAAUAAAAGAAAAAGGCAGCAUUUGGACGAAGAUGAGGCGUUCAGAGCCAAAAGUUGGAAAGAAGCCCUGGGUUCACCUCCUCCCAGGGGGACAACAAGAGAAGAGAAAAUUAAGUGGUUGGAGUUUCAUAAGAAAAAGUGGGCCUUUCAGGCUAAACAGAGGCAUCAGCAUCGACAGAAGAGGAGCAGGACAGAUGAAACUGACGGAAUCACCUGGGGAGUUAUACGAAAUACGAAUACAUCUACCAUGACUGGCUUCUUGAGACGCGCUCAGAGAAAGUUAUUGGAAACCCCAUGGCAAAUUAUUCAGUUGUCAGAAACAGGUGAACCAGGCAUGUUUCGAUUGUGGAUACUGGUCGACACGCAGCUGCAUCAAGUACGGCUCGUUGUACCUCGCGUAUUUUACGUGAACACUCGCAAAGCGAGACCCGAUCCAGGGCCAAACGAGCUUUGGAAGAAGAGUUUCAAAUCUUUACCACGCUCCCGUCCAGUGUAUAAUUUGUAUCGAUAUUCUCUACCGGAAUCUUUGUUUCAAGAGCACAGUCUGGAACUCCUAGAGGACUUGAGUAAACCAGAAAUUGAAGGAAUCUAUGAGACGCAAAUGUCGUUGGAAUUUCGAGCUAUAUUGCAGUUGGGAUGCAUAUGCAUAGUUGAUCCGCGUGUCGCGCGUAAAAUGGCAGAUGGAGCUGAUACCUUCAUUCUAGAUCAGUUGGAAUAUAAGAGCAUCGCUUUUCAACCUUAUCUCACUCAGCCGAUCAACUACAUAUUUCUCUAUCAUCAUUGGAGUUCAAAUCAUCAAAGAGCACUAUGGGGCUUAUUCUUAAAUGCCAGUAAGAGAGCUUAUGUAUUUGUCUUAGAUUCAGUCGCUUCGAAUCAACUGCCCAACAUGAAUACCUUGUACAUGACCGAACGAAAAGCAACAGUGGAAAAAAAUGGCGAAGAUCAGAUAAACAAAUUGCCUAAAACUAUGCAAUUCGUGGUGCAAGUUGAAACAAACUUUCAACAGGUGUGUCGUACAUUGCAAGCAGCUUUGACUACAUAUAAAAACGAAAACCGUGGCGCUACGAUUAUUAUUAAUCAAACCGCUCUCGACAAAACCGUGUUAACUACCGAAAUGCCACUUCUCAAUGAAUUCCCUCUGGUCAGCACACACGUACGAGACGCUGAGAAUCUGUAUGGCACGUUAGAAUGGCAGAAGACUGGUGCGAAAGAGAUGGUCAGACAUUUCCUGAAGAGUCAACAAAUCAUAGAAUUAAACAUGGAACAAAGCCGCUUUUACCACGCACCUAUCGGUAACGUACCCGCGGAUGCCACACUCUUCGGCGCGGAUUUAUUCUACGCCAGACAUUUGUACAGGAACAAUUUUGUCCUAUGGUGCUCAUCUACAGAGAAGCCCGAUUUAGGUGGCAGCGAGAACGAUGAUAAUAGGCUAUUAACAGAUUUCGAAGAAAGUUCGUGUUGCGCCGCGAACAAUCCGGGCACAUAUUCCAGUGUUUGUGUCCAAUUAACUGUAGAAAGUUUGGCUAUCAAUGCAUUGAUGCAAUACCACCACAUUCACGAUAUAGACGGAACCAGCGCAUUCGUAGCGUUUCACAAUCAACAACGUCCAUCCGUUCAGGACAUGGCAAUGGGUGCUGACGCCGCGACAAUUAUUCCCAGCUACGACGAAAUUACUUUAUGCAAUCCAGCGUUCAAAACAUUGCGAAGCACGGUAAAUGCAUGGUUGCUCGAUGUAGCCGUUUAUAAAAACAAAUUCGCAGACUACCAACUGAUUCACUUCUAUCGAUGGCUGAGAUCUUCAAAUGCUUUACUUUACGAUCCUGCCCUACGCCGUACCCUACACACUUACAUGAAAAAGUUAUAUAUACAAUUAAUAGCAGAGUUCAAAACAUUAGGUUGUAUUAUAGUCUUUGCAAAUUUUAACAAAAUUAUUGUAUGCACGAAGAAGAGAUCUGUGAGAGAUGCAUUAGGCUACAUAGGCUUUGUUGUUCAAACCAUAAAUAACAAGGAGCUGUUUCACAGUAUUGAUAUUAAUUAUGAUCAAUGUUGGGAAUAUCUAAUAUGGCUUGACUUGCAUAACCAUGCUGGUAUUAAAGGGCAUACCGCAUCUAAUGAUGCAGAAGACGAUGAGAAUAAUGACGAUGAUAAUAUGCCUCAAAUAAUGAUGAAUUGGAGUUUGGAGGAAUGCCUGCCUAAGGAAGCAGGAUGUCAAGCAAGUUUUAAAGCUAUAAUAGCGGGAUAUAUAAACGCAGUGUAUCAAUGUAUGAUUGAGAAUGAAGCCAAUAAUACUGUAAAACCGAGAAGAAGACAUAGUCAGAGCCAAUCGUUUAUAGCACCGCUUGGUCUAGGUGCAUUGGAAAAUACAGCCGAGUUUGCAAAAAAAUUGAUAUCAGGAGAAAUGUCUCAACGAUUGUUCAAAAUAACCCAAAAAAUACAUCGAAAUUUGCCUGAAAAAACAUUGACUCUCGAGGAGUAUCCUAAUUUGGAUAUGGGUGGAAAAGAAAGUAUAAAGAUCAAUCCUGCGCUUGAAUUAAUCAAAGCAAUAUGCAAGGUUUUAUCUUUGGACAAAGAGGUGGAGAACGAGGUUUAUAACUUAAAGUCAAAUCUAUUACGAUUAAUUGGUGUUGGUAGCUAUGGUGACAAUGUUGAGUGGAAAGAACCAUGUAUUUCUCUUGUUUUACCAGAAAUUAUAUGUAAAACAUGCAAUCACACGAGAGAUAUUGAUCUUUGUAAAGAUGAAUAUUAUACAAAUGAAAAUAACAGGUGCAUGUGGAAAUGUCCUAUCUGUGAUCAUUCUUAUGAUAAUACAGAAAUAGAAUUUUCAUUGAUCGACAAAUUGAAUCGCAAAAGUAUGGGUUACGUGUUGCAAGAUCUACAGUGUCGAAAGUGUAAGGAAAUCAAACGAGAAAACAUGAAUGUGUUAUGUUCUUGCUCAGGCGAAUACGAUAAUUUAAUUUCGCGAAACGAAAUCACGAUGUAUGUAAAUAUAUGUAAAUCUAUAGCCACCAAAUGUAAAAUGAAUAUUUUAGCAGAGAUAGUGGAGAACACGAAACUCUUUACCGGUUAGUAAUUAAGUUAAGAAUAAUAUAGUGGUCCCCUUUCUUUUUAUUCGAUAAUUUAUUUCACUAAAUUUAUUAAUUUGUUUUAAUUGUUUUGUAUUAUUUAGGUUGAUAAAAAAGAGAUUAAAGUAAUUUAUAGCAUAUGUAUUUUUAUGGUGAAUUACUUAAUAUUUAAUAGUUCAACAGUACAUGAAUGUUCUAUAAUACAUACUGACGUAUA